AUGAAUAAGGAGGCUAGCCAGCAAUGCCUGGAUAUGUCCAAGAAGGCAUUCGAGUCGGAACAUGAUACAGCAAAGGCCAUCAGAUUGUGCAAAAAGUCAUUGAAUCUGGUUGGGGACGCAGAAGAGAAUAAAGAAGCCCAUAAAUGGCUGGAAUUUCUCGAGUCUCUGACCAAAUCCACGAAUGGAACUCCCUCUCGAAGCAAUAGCACUCAUAGUGACAAUAUGGAGGACUCAUCAUCAUCAUCGACAAGAAAACGACCAACAUUCAACUCGACCUCGAGCGAAAGCCUUAAUAGUGGUAAUAAUACUAGUAGUACGCCCACUAGCACCUCAUCUUCAUCGACCAAUGCAAACGGCAAAUCGUAUACAAAGGAACAAGUGGACGGAAUCAAGAGGAUUAAAGAUUGUCGAUCAAGAGGUGACUUGUACGCUGUGUUGGGUCUAAGGAAGGGUGAAUGUACAGAUGAUGAGAUCAAGAAGGCUUAUCGAAAGUUGGCACUCCUCUUUCAUCCAGACAAGUGUGGAGCUCCAGGAACGGAUGAGGCUUUCAAGGCAAUUGGAAAUUCGUAUGUAAUACUGUCAGAUGUCCAAAAACGAGAACGAUAUGAUAGAUAUGGUAUCGAUUCAGACUCUCGAUCAGCAGCAGCCGCAAACCCAAUGGCAGGAUUCCAGAAUCGAGACUUUGAAUCCGAAAUAUCACCAGAAGAUCUAUUCAACAUGUUCUUUGGUGAGAUGGCUGGUAGUGGAAUAGGCGUCCGCUCAUACUCGUUUGGAAAUGGAGGACCACCAUUUGGACAAUACCGUACACGCUUCCCAAAUCAACGACGCUACCAUCAAGAGAACGUACAGCAACAUAAUGGACCACCGCCCACUCGACUGACCCAAUUCUUAUCCUUUUUGCCAUUAAUUGCCCUAUUCUUAUUCUCGAUAUUAUCCAACUUUAUGUCAAGUGGUAUUGGAUCUGCACCUGAAAACAUGUUCUCAUUGUCGAGAACAUCACAGUUUUCAUUACAGAGGGCCACUGCAGCUCAUAGUGUGCCGUAUUGGGUAGAACCUACUAAAUUUGUGAAACAGCCUAAUGUCAAUGAACGUGAUUGGAAUCGCAAGAUACGGCAAGUUGAAGAUGCUGUCGAAUACCAUCAUUUAAGGAAUCUUCAAAUACAAUGCUCGAACGAACGCGAAUUCCAGAGGCAGAAGAUCAUGUCGGCGAGAGGAUUAUGGAGGGCAGAUGACGUUAAACUGAGAGAGGCUCAAUCAAUGAAACUGCCCAAUUGUGAAGCUUUAAGUGCCUUUGGCCGAUAG